CGCCUCUUAAUCUAACACGCAGGCGUAGUACAUGAGUGGGAGCUUUUCGUCCUGAAAAGGAUUUCAAAUCUUUCCGUAGCAAGCUCUCAGGAGCUCGAGCCCUUCAGUAAAGCUGUAUAAACACCGGGUCGACGGGACGGACGGCAGCGGAGCGACGUACGGGGAGCUGCGCAGUGACAUCACAAUGAGCUACAAACCGAUCGCCCCCGCUCCGUCUGGCUCCAACCACACCCCACCGGGCUCCAGUGUGCCCUCCCCGUCCCUACCCUCCUCAUCUAACUUCCGGCCGGCCUUCAGUGAUUUUGGACCACCUUCCAUGGGCUUUGUUCAGCCUGUGAAGGUGUCCCAGGGCUCUACAUACAGUGAGCUGCUGUCCGUCAUUGAGGAGAUGAGCCGUGAAAUCCGACCCACCUAUGCUGGGAGUAAGAGCGCCAUGGAGAGGCUAAAGAGAGGAAUUAUCCAUGCUCGUGCGCUGGUGAGAGACUGUCUGGCAGAGACAGAGAGAAGUGCACGUACAUAACCCCUUCACUGGAUCCCACUAUCCCUCUUUCUAUUGACCUCAUUAUGAGCCUCCUGUUCCUGUGACCCAAAGUCUUUGUUGCAUAACCUGAAGCGUUAAUCCUCCAUUCCCUUAUGUUCUCUCUCUAGGAUUCCUUCUUAAUGUUCUGGAAAAAAAGGAAUUGAGGACAGGGACUCAUCUCUGUCAAAUUUACAACAAUCUACUGUACCCUUAAUUUCUCUUAUUUUACUCUCCUUACCCCCCCACACAAGGUUGUUUUGAUAAAGAUUUUAAUCUGUACUUCAUAAUCACUAAUUCCAGUGCAUUUAAGGGGUUUCAUAAGGAGUUGGGAUUUCUAUAUACAAGCUGGUAACAGGCGCAGACGGGUAAUGUUUUAUGUGAAAACGAGAGAAACUACGAAACAUCAUUUGCUGGUUAUGUCUUUUCAUUAUGGCAUGGUAGCCAUAGAUUUGUGAAAUUAUUUUUUUCUAAGCUGCUAUACUGACACCACUGUACAACCAAAGUCCAAUUCAAUGCCGCUAUCUGUUGAGCUCUAAAGCAAAACAUAUUGACAAUACCCCAGAUUCAUUACCCUACUGUUUCCACCCAGGGGACACUUUACCUCCCUGUACCUCGUCAGUUUCUUAGUAUGGCAAAUUUUGUAAACCCGAUUUUUGCAGUUUAUUGAAUCUUCAUUACAAUAAUAUAAAAAACAAGUUUUUAAAUGAAA